CCACCAUCCAGUCGCAAUGGAAACCUUUUUUAGGCGGCACUUUGGACGGAAGGGGCUGCGGCGCACCAGCGUGGUGGCCGUGCCCACGGGCAAGGCCAGGCGUCGCUCCCAGGUGGGGCUGCCCUCCACCGCGCUGGCCCAGCGCCGCCGCGGCUCCGGCACCCCAGAGGCUUCCCUCUCCUGCCUGGGCCUGGUCCGGCGUCCUGGCACCCGCCGGCGCUCCAGCACCACACCGCCCUGCCUCAGCCCCAGGUUCGCUGUGCAGGCAAAGCGCAGGGGCCAGGCACAAGCCAUUGAUGCCCAACUGCUGGGUCCCUCUGUCCUCCUGGCCGGCCUCGUUCCCAUGGGAGAGGAGGGGGACAGGGCUCCCCACACUGACAGCUCCACAUCCGAGCCUCUGGAGGAUGGUGGCGCAGCAGCAGAAGCUGAGCGGGGCCAGCAUGAGCGUUGGGCUGAGGAGACGUGGCUGGCCAUGCUGCCCCAGCUGCGACCACUCCAGGGGGGGCUGCUGUCGCGGCGGCCCCGCUGCCUGCGGCGCUCCUCCUCCCACCACCUGCCCACCGAGGUCGUGUACAGCCGGGCUGCCUACGGCCUGCCGGGCCGCUACCGCCGCCUCAGCCAACGCCGGCGCUCCAGCGAUGCCCUCCGACCUGGGCUGCUCCCCUCCAGCCACCCACGGCUGCUGGCCCAGCACUGUGCAGGGGUGGCCAGAGCCGGGUGCCCCUCUGCCACCCUCCCCGAGGGCUUGGGACCGAAGUCCACCUGCCAUGCUGCCCCGGAUGGCUGGAGCCCCCGGUUGCUGAAAGCUAUUGCCAAAUCCAGUCUUCAGCACAUGGUAGCCCAGCCAAACCCUGCGCUAGCCCUGAGGAGCGACUCGGAGAGGCAGAUACGCAACACUGUGGACUGGAGCGAGACUGCGAUAUAUGGGGAGCACAUCUGGUUUGAGACCAGUGUCUCUGGGGACUUCUGCUACGUCGGGGAGCAGAACUGCAUGGCAAAGCUGUUGCAAAAACCGCUCUCCAGGCGUAAGUGUGCAGCCUGCAAGAUUGUAGUGCAUACACCCUGCAUCGAACAGCUGGAGAAAAUAAAUUUCCGCUGCAAACCUUCCUUCAGGGAGUCAGGAUCCCGGAACAUACGGGAGCCCAUUGUUGUCCGGCAUCACUGGGUGCACCGGAGGCGGCAGGAAGGGAAAUGCCGGCAGUGUGGCAAGGGUUUUCAGCAGAAGUUUGCCUUCCACAGUAAAGAGAUUGUAGCCAUCAGCUGUUCCUGGUGCAAGCAAGCGUAUCACAGCAAAGUGUCCUGUUUCAUGCUGCAACACAUUGAAGAGCCCUGCUCGCUGGGGGCUCAUGCUGCUGUGGUCGUUCCUCCCACCUGGAUUCUGCGGGUUCGGCGGCCCCAGAAUCCACUAAAAUCUAGUAAGAAGAAGAAGAGGACAUCAUUCAAGCGGAAAUCCAGCAAAAAGGGGGCUGAGGAAGGGAGGUGGAAACCCUUUGUCAUCAAACCCAUGCCAGCUCCUCUUAUGAAGCCCUUACUGGUGUUUGUGAACCCCAAGAGUGGUGGGAAUCAGGGAGCCAAGAUCAUCCAGUCCUUCAUGUGGUAUCUCAAUCCACGGCAAGUUUUUGACCUGAGCCAGGGUGGACCCAAGGAGGCGCUGGAACUGUACCGCAAAGUCCACAACCUCCGGAUCCUGGCGUGUGGGGGAGAUGGCACGGUGGGCUGGAUACUCUCCAUUCUGGACCAGUUACGCAUCAACCCACCUCCUCCUGUGGCCAUCCUGCCUUUGGGAACAGGGAAUGACUUGGCCAGAACACUGAACUGGGGUGGGGGUUACACAGAUGAGCCUCUGUCCAAGAUCCUGUCUCACGUAGAAGAUGGGAACAUAGUGCAGCUCGAUCGCUGGAACCUCCAUGUGGAGCCAAACCCUGACAUGAAUCCUGAGGAAAAGGAUGAAGCAGCUACUGACAAGCUCCCUUUGGAUGUCUUUAACAACUACUUCAGCCUUGGCUUUGACGCACGGGUGACGCUGGAGUUUCACGAAUCCCGAGAGGCCAACCCAGAGAAGUUCAACAGCCGGUUUCGGAAUAAAAUGUUCUAUGCUGGGACGGCUUUCUCUGACUUCCUCACUGGGAGCUCCAAAGACUUGGCAAAGCACGUCAGGCUUGUUUGUGAUGGGACAGACCUGACCUCCAAGAUUCAGGACUUGAAGCCCCAGUGCCUGGUCUUCCUGAAUAUCCCAAGGUACUGUGCAGGCACCAUGCCCUGGGGCAACCCUGGGGAGCACCACGACUUCGAGCCUCAGCGCCACGAUGAUGGUUGCAUUGAAGUUAUUGGCUUCACCAUGACAUCCCUGGCUGCCUUGCAGGUCGGUGGCCAUGGGGAGCGGCUCUGUCAGUGCCGGCAGGUGGUUCUCACCACGUCCAAGGCCAUCCCCAUGCAGGUGGAUGGAGAACCCUGCAAGCUGGCACCUUCCUGUAUCCACAUCUCCCUGCGCAACCAAGCAAACAUGGUGCAGAAGACCAAGCGGCGCAACUCCAUGCCUCUGCUCAAUGACCAGCAGCCAGUGCCCGAGCGGCUGCGGAUCCGGGUGAGCCGAAUCAGCAUGCGCGACUAUGAGGCACUGAACUAUGACAAGGAAAAGCUCAAGGAAGCCUCUGUGCCACUGGGGAUCAUCGUGGUUCCAGGAGACAGUGACUUGGAGUUGUGCCGGACCCAAAUCGAGAAGCUGCAGGAGGAUUUCCCUCCACAACCCUCUGCUUUAGAGUGCCUGCUCUUUCAGGAGGGAGAUGGAGCCAAGCCGAAGACACUGUCAUUCCAGAAGCUUUCACCCAAGUGGUGCUUCCUGGACUCAACCACGGCCAAUCGGUUCUACAGGAUAGACCGUGCUCAGGAGCACCUCAACUACGUGACAGAGAUCUCUCAGGACGAGCUCUAUGUGCUGGACCCAGAGCUAGUGAUCACCCAGACUGUGAGCACCUCUCCUGCCAUGCCCGACCUCGUGGACUCAUCUGCCACACCCCCUGGGCACCACUUUGCAUUCCCCUCCUCUUCCUCCUCUCCACCCUCUUCUCCUGCCCCCAGUGCUGAGCCUGAACACUGCCUCCCACACAGAGAUGAUCUUCUAAUAGAAGCUGCCAAGGGUGGCAACUUCAGCAAGUUCCAAGAGCUGCAUCGAGCUGGAAGAGACCUGAUGGUGCGAGAUUCCUCAGGCCAGACUGUCCUCCACCAUGCCGUCAAAUCAGGGAGCAAGGACAUCGUCAGAUACAUCAUCGAGAAUGCCCCUUCAGAAAUCCUUGAUGCCACGGAGGAAGAGAACGGUGAAACCAGCUUGCACCAGGCUGCAGCCUUACGCCAGCGCACUAUCUGCCACUACAUCGUGGAGGCCGGGGCUUCGCUCAUGAAGACAGACCUGCAGGGAGACACCCCGAAGCACCGUGCUGAGAAAGCCAAUGACCCUGACUUAGCUGCCUACCUCGAGAACCGACAGCACUACCAGAUGAUCCAGCGGGAGGACCAGGAGACAGCUGUGUAGUGCUUGGUGUGCCUUAGCCCAAGCCAGCUUGGGCAGGACAAGAGGACAAUGCCAACUGGCAGAGCUAUGAGUCUGGCCCAACCCUCCCUAGAUGUCAGCCUGGUCCUUGGAGAUGGAUACAGCAGAGUUCUGCCCCAGGCUGGGCUGGGACUCUGUUUAUGAGGACAGUGGGUAUUUCGGACUUGGAGUCUGAUUCUUUGUGUGUCCACUCCUUCACCUCUCAUUCACCACAUUCCCUGCCCUAGAUGGGCUCUAUCCCCUGACCAUAUUGAGGCAAGCCAGGCUGAAGCUCCCAGUCACUCUUGUGCACGGGAGUAAUGCCAGUGUCCCCUCUGCAGGCUCCUGCCUAUGAUCCUUGUGGGAUAUCGUUGCUCAGCGCCUCUCUCUGCUGGCAGUGCCCCUCUUUUAGGUUCUUGGCUAGGUUUGUGUCCUGUUCCUCCUCUCCUGUCUGGCACAGCUGCAGGAGGCACAGGUUCUGCAGGCAGACAGAGGCCAUGAGCCUCAGACUUUGCUGCAAGGGAAGCAGCACAACUUAAUACCCCUGCCUCUUCCUUGCUCCUGGAUCUGCCCCAGGUCUCUGUGUUGCCCUACCCAGAGCCUUCUGCAGCAGGAGGGAAGUUGCUUGUGGACCCAGCCUUUCCUCAGAGCACCUGGCACUGGUGCAGCUGGAAACAGGGCGGCUGGUGCCCUCCUGAUUGCCUUUAGUGCUCAGCCAGUCAGCAGUCUGGCUCAGGGUAUGGAUGGCACAGAGUGGGAAGGCUACCAAGCUGUCCCACCAUCCUUCCCUCCGUGGGGCUGGGUGGGACAGCUUGCUCACCCAGUGUCUGCUGGGCAUCUCUUUGUGAGCCUACUGCAGCACGUAGUUAUGGUGGAGAGCUGCACUUGACCCUGAGUAGUGCCUGUGGUGAAGCCUGUUGUAUUUCCCAAAUGCUGACUUGGAUUCAGCUGCCCUCCCUGGUUCAGUUUCCCCUUCAAUGCUGUGCAUGGGGCUGGAGGGGCAGUGCUGGGGUCAGUGCUGCUCUCAGGGAUUCCCCCCCAUGCCCCCCCAACCUGGCAACAUGCAUCUUCUGAGUCCAAUUCCUGCCAUUCCCUAAACUGGGCACAGGACUUUGCAGGGAAAACUUCAGAGCUCACCCAGCCAAGGCACAAAGUCUCCGGACAGGCCACCAGCUCACCCUCUCCAGUUUUAGCAAGAUGAGGAACCUGGGAAGCAUAUGGGCUCCCAGCCCUGAGUCACGCCUGCAGGGGGGCCUGCCGUGGAGCACGAGGCACCACAACCCAUCUCCCCUGCAGAUGCUGUGGACACUUGAUGUGGAGGCAUCAAGCCAGCCCUUCAGCAAGGCUUUUACAGAACUGACAUUCUCUGAGACCAGGAGGUGCCAGCAGAGGAAAGAUGAUAGCUCUGAGCCUGGCAAAGCUGCUUGGCCAUUUCAGGUGGGCAGUGAUGCGGGUUGCCGUUCACAGCUUGGAUCCUGGGAGAGGAUAAUGCUGCUGCCGCGUGGGGUCUGUACAGUCCCUCUGCACUUACACCCAGCUGUGCCCACUGGGGAGUGCCAGAUGGCACCAUUUGAAUCUCUCCCAGUACCAAUACCAAAAAAAGGUGAUUAUACCACAGAGAACCAGAAUACUCUUCAGGUUUUUUGGCCAGGGGCAGAGUUCCCUUUGAGGAUGUGGGAUACUGUAGUGGGGAACAGAGGCAGAAGGCAGUGCAGAGUGGCAGGGGCCAGUUGGCAGUACUGGCAGUUAAUAACGUUAGCAUCUUAAUGCGUUCGGAGCUGGGAUGCUCCAGCAGUGCCCGGAGUUCCUAUCAGCACUGCUGGCAGGCCACUAACAAACAAGGCACUGUCAUCUUCUCAGAGGUCCACACUACUGCUCCCCCAGAUGGGACGCCCAGCUUGGCCUAGAGGCAUCUACAGUGCCAGCUUCUCCCUUUCUCCCUUAUAGUUUUUGUACAGGUAGUUGAGAGACACACUGUCCCCCUCCCCGCCUGGCCCCUCCGUGCAUGCGUGAGCUGAGUUGCUGUGCAAUUCCAAGCCUGCUUGUAUUUUGGUGAAGACGGAGGGGGCGUUGGUUGCCCUGCUCACUGAGGGCAGGGGUUCUGUGCAAUACCUGGGUCUGUGUUUCCUAGACGCUGUUGUAGGAUUGUAUUUUUGUAACUCUGUGAGGAUGCUGGCUCCAACGGGCCCAGGGCCUGGCAAGAGCCUGUGUUCCCAUCGCUUUUCAAUUUUGACUGUUUGGAUGUUGUUGUUUCUUGCCACUGAAAUAAAAGAGAUUGAUGUUUUA